CACCUCUCUCUCUCUCUCUCUCUAGAUCUCUACCACCACACACACUUUGAAUUUUGAGCAAUGGAGAUCAUCCAAUUCGCGAGGAGGAGGAGGAGAGGAUACACCAGGCUAUCGCCCAAAAACAGGGGCAAAAUGCAAGUGGCGAGAUUGGGAGGAGCGCCGAAGCGAUCGUGGCGGCUGCGGCUGGCGCCGAAGCUGCGGCUGAUUAGGGCAGCGUCGCCGCUGAGGCUGUGGACUAAAUUGAAGAACGCGUACGUCAACAUGAUGCUGAGGCUGGCUCACAACUCUGGAUCUUCAAACAUCACCAACGUUUUUGGCGCUAAGAGAGUGCCCAAAGCCAGAGAUGCUCGCAUCACCUAUUCCAAUUCUGAGUUCGAGAAUAGGCUUAUUUUUGAGAUCUACAAAUCCAUGGUUGCUUCCUACGAAUUAGGCUACAAUAAAUAGUUGUAGCCUCAUUUAUUUUUAAAUAGUUGUAGCCUCUGUUAUUUUUCAUUUUCUGUUGAUUUUUCGUUAUGGUCGGAGACACCAACAAAAAGGCUUUUCCGGCUGACGGUGUAGGCUUCUUAUUUCAGUUAUGAUAAUUGUUCAA